GGUCCCUCCCGACUCAGGGACGCAUCUACCGACAGUCGUCAUCCUCCUCCAGCAAUCCCCAUGUGCUCUCUGCCCCGCUCCGCCUGAUCCCACUCCCACCGCCUCCUUCUGCUCGUCCGCGGCCCAUUCAUCCACAUCCGCCACAGUCCUCCAUGCCCUGCCUCCGGUGUGCCUGACGACCCGAUUCCUCGCCAACGAACUCCUCCUCAGUUCCCCACUUCCCGGAUCCCCGUCGCCCCGGCCGAGCAGAAACCGGAGCCCCGCCGCAGAUCCGCAGGGAGAAGGAGGGGGGAGAAUGGACGCCCCGUCGGUGGCGCUCUACAACCAGCUCAAGGCUGCUCAACCAUUCUUCUUGUUAGCUGGGCCCAAUGUGAUUGAAUCAGAGGAACAUAUCUUGAAGAUGGCCAAACACAUCAAAGCCAUCACGACCAAGCUUGGGGUGCCUCUUGUGUUCAAAUCAAGCUUUGAUAAAGCAAACCGUACAUCGUCGAAAUCCUUCCGCGGUCCUGGUCUGGAACAAGGCCUAAAGAUCCUUGAAAAGGUGAAGGCCGCAUAUGACCUUCCAGUGGUCACCGACGUGCAUGAAAGCUGCCAGUGUGAAGCUGUCGGAAGAGUUGCUGAUAUUAUACAGAUUCCAGCUUUCCUCUGUCGCCAGACUGACCUUCUAGUGGCUGCGGCUAAGACUGGGAAAAUUAUCAAUAUCAAGAAAGGACAAUUCUGUGCCCCGUCUGUUAUGGCCAACUCUGCGGAGAAAAUUAGACUUGCUGGAAAUCAAAAUGUAAUGGUCUGUGAGCGAGGCACCAUGUUUGGCUACAAUGAUCUAAUUGUUGAUCCAAGGAACUUUGAGUUGCUGAGGGAAGCAAAUUGCCCAGUUGUAGCUGAUGUAACACAUGCUCUACAACAACCAGCUGGGAAAAAGCUUGAUGGUGGUGGGGUUGCAAGUGGGGGCUUACGAGAACUCAUACCAUGCAUCGCAAGGACUGCUGUUGCAGUUGGUGUUGAUGGUAUUUUCAUGGAGGUACAUGAUGAUCCCCUGAAUUCACCAUGUGACGGGCCAACUCAAUGGCCAUUGCGCAAUUUGGAGGAGCUGUUGGAAGAAUUGAUUGCGAUCGCUCGAGUCACCAAAGGAAAGAAACCGCUCAAGAUCGACCUAACUCCAUUCAAGGAAUGAUUUGUCAGUGGAUAGCAAUAGGAAUAACCUUGUGGCUGCCAAUUGGUUUCACCAAUAUGGUCGUGUCCAGGCGAGUUGGCUCUUUGUAUGCGGUACUUUCAUUUACCGUUGGCUUCUAGCUUUGUUGGAUUGCCUGCAUGUAUUAGUUUCUUUCCAAGCGUAGCAUAGCAGCCACAGAUUGCUGUUUUGAAUGGCUCUGUCUCGAGAAUCAACCCGAAAGAAGUCGACUUUUGAUUUGUGGUGUUUCAGUUGGAGCACAUUUUUCGAAAUCGGACAGCAGGGUAAAGAAACA